CGUUUUAGCAGCCUGACUGUCAGGGUUUGGGACUCUCACAACAGGUAGGAAAACCGAUAGGCUACUGUGCGACUCAAGGAUAUCGAGAACAGGCGGUGAACGAUGCCGGCUCGGUCGACUUAUUUUUCCCUAGCAACUGGACUGGUAAGUUUUAUGAAGAGCCCAAUUAAGACGAAAGAAGAGUCUUCUUUAGUGCUCCGACAGAGUGGUGAUAGUGUCUUAAAAGCCAAAUUACAACCAGGCUUUCACAUUAUUAUAAGGUUCGCGUUGUUUUGCUUGAGCAAGGCGAAACUUUGGGGAGGGAUCUACAUAUUCUCCCUCAUGGCACAGAUGUUCACCGCAUCUGCCUCCUACAGUCUACUGCGCGCGCGUGCGACGGCAUUUCUAUCGGUCUCUAGUGACGCUGUUAGAUGUUGAGAGUGCCAGAGAAGGACUACCAUAGGACCACGCACCGAUCGCCGAGAUCAGAGAUUGGCUUACAUCUUAGUUUCAGUGAAAUGCUGGAAGUGGUGUUUUCCUAUGCCAAGCUGUAGGCUGUUGAAGUGACAGAGUCAUAAAAAGACAACAAAGCAACCAGUUUCAAUUUGGGUAAACGCUGAUCAUGCAGAUUAAGUUGAUGAAAGAGCUACAGUGGAAGACCAACAUUUAUAUGACUAAUUGGGCGCAUGUUGUAGGCCUACUACGAACAGGGACGAUAUGGCAGAGCAAUGAAUUGUCAACGCUGCUCACUCUCACGCUGAUCACAGUGGAAUAUGAUUUUGGACACACGUGAUUUCCAGAUAAUUACUUCUACUGCAACACUUCUCAUUGUUCAGAGAGGCACACACUUUUGAAUUUUGCCAAUUACAUGGUGCAACUUAUAUCGUCUUCUGGUGCCGUGCAUCCGCACUGCCAACUUUGGAAGUAGCCUAACAGACUGGCAGAGGAAACAGAAGAGGUCUGAAUGAAUGAGAUUGUGGCUUGCUGGUAUUUCUCCACACGCAAUCCUGCCAGUUACAUGUGCUUAUCUAAACAAAGAGGGUCUCGAUUUCAACCACCUUUCCGCAGCCGGCAUAGAACAAAUCUAAGGAGGAGGUAUCAUUUGAAAGCGAGCAAGAAAAACAAAUGUCGAGGAAAAGAAAAACUCCUGACGACGGCGGCGACCUAAAGAAAGCAGGGGGCUCCAUGCCUACGAGCGACAGUGAUGAAGGUCUGACGGAUGAGAAGGUGAAGGCCUACCUCUCGCUCCACCCACAGAUGCUGGAAGAGUUUGUGUCUGAGAGUGUGAGUGCCGAAACGCUGGACAAAUGGCUCAAGAGGAAGAACAGCAGCAGACCUGCAGACGACCCCGCCACAAAAGAAGUCAGCAGGCAGUACCAGGACACCAACAUGCAGGGCGUGGUGUACGAGCUCAACAGCUACAUGGAGCAGCGGCUGGACUCGGGGGGAGACAACAAGCUGCUCCUCUACGAGCUGUGUAACAUCAUUAAGACAGCCACAAAAGCCGAUGGGUUUGCACUUUACUUCCUGGGAGAAUGCAACAAUAGUUUGUGUUUGUUCACCCCAACGGGGGCCAAAGAGGGGCUCCCGAGCCUCAUUUCCUCCUUCCCCAUCGCAUUUGGUACCACCAUCGCCGCCCAUGUCGCCAAGACACGCAAAACAGUGCUGGUGGAAGACAUCAUGGGGGAUGAGCGCUUCCCCCUUGGCACAGGGCAGGACUCAGGGAUCCGCGUUCAUUCUGUUCUGUGUCUCCCCAUCCUCACCGCCAUCGGCGACCUCAUCGCCAUCCUGGAGCUGCACCGGCAAUGGGGCCGCGAGCCCUUCAACCUCAGCCACCAGGAGGUUGCAACAGCUAACUUAGCGUGGGCCUCAGUAGCCAUUCACCAAGUGCAGGUUUGCAGAGGCCUUGCCAAACAGACCGAGCUCAAUGACUUCCUCCUAGACGUGUCAAAAACGUACUUCGACAACAUUGUGGCAAUAGAUUCUCUACUUGAACAUAUUAUGAUAUAUGCAAAAAACCUGGUGAAUGCGGACAGGUGUGCACUCUUCCAGGUGGAUCACAUAAACAAAGAACUGUACUCUGACCUAUUCGACAUCGGAGAGGAGGACGAGGGGAAGCCCGUUUUUAGGAAAACCAAAGAAAUUAGGUUUUCUAUAGAGAAAGGAAUAGCCGGCCAGGUGGCCCGGACGGGAGAAGUCUUAAAUAUUCCAGAUGCCUAUGCAGACCCUCGAUUCAAUAGAGAGGUGGACCUCUACACUGGCUACACCACUAGGAACAUCCUGUGCAUGCCCAUCGUGAGCCGGGGGACUGUAAUAGGUGUCGUACAGAUGGUGAACAAGCUGAACGGAAGUGCCUUCACGAAAACUGACGAGAACAACUUUAAGAUGUUUGCUGUAUUUUGUGCUCUGGCCUUACACUGUGCAAAUAUGUACCAUCGGAUCCGCCACUCGGAAUGCAUCUACAGGGUGACCAUGGAGAAGCUGUCCUACCACAGCAUCUGCACGUCUGAGGAGUUGGAGACCCUGGCCGAGCUCAACCUCCCCACACCCAUGUACAAGGAGAUUGAACUGUUCCAUUUUGACAUCAGCCCCUUUGAGGAGUUCUGGCCUGCUGUCUUUGUGUAUAUGAUCCAUAACUCCUGUGGGAAAACUAGCUUUGAGCUGGAGAAACUGUGCCGCUUCACCAUGUCUGUGAAGAAGAACUACCGGCGUGUGCCCUACCACAAUUGGAAGCACGCGGUGACAGUGGCACACUGCAUGUACGUCAUUCUGCAGAAGGUCUCGGGCAUCUUCACAGAGCUGGAGAGGAAAGGUCUGCUAAUAGCCUGUCUGUGUCAUGACCUGGACCACCGGGGCUACAGCAACAGCUACCUGCAGAAGUUUGACCACCCGCUGGCAGCACUCUACUCCACCUCCACCAUGGAGCAGCACCACUUCUCCCAGACCGUGUCUAUCCUACAGCUGGAAGGGCACAAUAUUUUCUCCAACUUGACUUCCAGCGAGUACGAGCAGGUCCUGGAGAUCAUCCGCAAGGCCAUCAUCGCCACCGACCUCGCCCUCUACUUCACCAACCGCAAGCAGCUGGCUGAGCUGCACACCACGGGGGCGCUGGACUUCAACAAUCACUCACACAGAGACCGUGUGAUUGGUCUGAUGAUGACAGCCUGUGACUUGUGCUCUGUCACCAAACUGUGGCCCGUCACACGGCUCACAGCCAAUGACAUCUACGCCGAAUUCUGGGCUGAGGGCGACGAGAUGAAGAAGAUAGGAAUGCAGCCCAUUCCCAUGAUGGACAGAGACAAGAGGGACGAGAUCCCUCAGGGCCAGGUGAGCUUCUAUAAUGCUGUAGCCCUCCCAUGUUACACUACACUGGCCCAACUCUUCCCAGUAGCCAAACCCCUCCUCAAGGCCUGCAGAGCUAACCUGGGCCAGUGGGAGCACAUCGUGGAGGGAGAGGAGCCUCCCGGCUGGGUCCCCGCCGACGUGGCCGACGUACCCGGCGAGGAGGAGGAGGCGGGCGAGCCUGGCCCCGUGAAGGUGGACAACUGAGCGAGCCCCGCGGAGCAUCCGGCCCCCCUCACCGGGCCCAGCCAACCCCACCCUCCACCCCUGCCGCAGACCGCCAAACUGCUCCUGCACUGCUGAGAGACAGACAGAUAGAGAGAGAGAAAGAUAAAAAGAGAGAGCACUCCAUAUAUCCUGCAUGGGACCGGAGGUGUGCAAAGGAGGUCGGGCGGGGUCAUUCAAAAAGGUGAUAUUGUUUUUAAUUUCACCACUGGAGAGAGAGAGAGAGAGACAACACAGGAAAACUAGAAAAGACGACGGCAAUGAGAAUACAAGACAAAGAAAACUUUUAAUACGUAAAUACAUCAAAAUAAAGUUACCUUUAUUGUUAUUUACAAAUAAAUAAAGUUACCUCACUGGGUGACGGAGGGUUGUUUUCCACCGCGGCUUCCCCAGAGCACAGCCGCCUGUGUAGGCACAGACCCGCACACCUGAAGUCCACUCCAUAUGGGAACCUGUCGUCUGACUGGACAGUGGCGGGAGUUUUUUUUUUUUUUUUUCGUUUGGUUGUUUUGCAUUUGCUGUUAGCAUUUUUACUUUUGUUUGUUUUGGUAUGGGCUUUUGUUUUCCUUUUGUUUUGUUUGUUAAUUUGUUUGUUUUUGUGGUCUUAUUUAAAGGGGCCUUAAAAAGCUGAACCCAUCUUUUAUUAUGGUGCGGAAUAUAUGUAAAAUCUUGACUAAACUGUAGAGAGUUCAGAGAGCAAAAUGGUACUUUUUUCCUGCUGUGGUCAACAAGUCAAAUGCCAAGCUUUGGACUUUUUUUAGGUUUGUUUGCUCUUUUUUUUUUUUUUUAACAGAGACGGAAGGAAUGUUUAGUGCAGAUGCAUGUGGCAAGGCCGAAUCACCACACUGCUAGUGUGUCUCAAGGAAGUUUCCUGUUACGCGGAGCAAAUUUUUAUUUUUUUUGCAGUACUUGAAUGAAGAGAUACAGCCUAUUUUGUGUGAAGAUGGCACAAAUAAAAGAUCUAUAAAGUUCUAUAAAAAAAAUUCCGAUUCACAGCUCAUGCAAGUGGGUUGUGAGGGGGGCAGCAUGGAUUUAAUGCUGAUCUCUGCGUGAAGUCACAAAGUUCCCUGCCC